AUGAAUGCAGCUCUCGGUAUCUUGCUUCUCGCAACCUUCACCAGUGCAUUUCCGCUCGCCUUCAAGGAGAAGCAGCGCUACACCUUUAAAUACAAUGCCGAGAUAAUUCACUCUAUUCCUGGAGGAGCGAACCAGCAGAUAGGCCUGAGGUUGCAGUGUACAUGUCAUGUGACAAUUGUGAAGCGCAUCGAACCUGCAGAGGCUCAGAUUAAGCUGGAAAAUGUCCAACUUCAUCAGCUUCGAAUCGACCAUCCAAAUCAGGAGAACUCAUCUCCACUUCAAGCAGACCCUGAAGCCAUCAAAAUGCUGGAAAAGAACCCAGUCGAACUGAUUUUCUCCCGAUCAGGACGAGUCAAGACUCUGCGUGUUGACAAGCAAGAACCCGAAUGGUGUUUGAACAUCAAGAGAGGAAUUGCAAAUAUGCUUCAGAUUGCUCCAAAGGCUGAGAACUUGGAUCCCAAGCAGAUACUUACAAGCAAAACACCGGUGGUUGUUCAACAGAAAGAGCAAACACUUGUUGGAAACUGCCCCGUCACAUACACCGUUGAACCCUGGGUCCAACAAGACGUCAAAACCCAGAAGCUGGUUCAAGUCACCAAGGUUACCAAGACAGUCGAGUACAAAAAAUGUGUAGACAGACCACAUCUGAGGGAGAGUAUUGUGCUGGGACAGCUUUGCCCAUCUUGCCAACAGAGCCUUGGCUAUGUCCCUUAUCUUCGCCAUGCUGGUCAAAUUGAACAUAUUCUUGACAACAGAUUCCUUAAACAAGCCAAAGCAGAGGAGUAUCACACAUUUACACCCUACUCUGAACUUGGCGGCAAGGUUGAGGCUUGUGUGAGACAAAACCUAGUGUUCCAAUCUGAGCAGGAGAAACCUUCUAUCGACGUUCUGAAGAACGCAAUACAAACAACAUUGAAGAUGAAGAUAGUUCACCCUGAACAAGAAAUGAGACAACAAUUCAAGAAAGGGAUACUUAAUAAGGUUAUGCAGCUUCAGCAGCAGUUAGCCAGCGAAGUAAAUAAGGAUCUCUCAAGUCAAGCAAUACCACGAAUUGUGUCGGAGCUCACCGUUCACUUACGAAUGUGCGAUUAUGAUUCAUGGAAGCAUUUCUUGACAGCUACACUACAACACCAAAACCAGCAAGUCAGGAACCUAUGUGCUGAUGCAAUGGGUCUGGCUGCUACAAAAGAAUCUGUUCAAUUGAUGAACGAUGUCAUGAUAAAGGACAAGAAAAUGUCUACUGUACUUUUGCCGCUGUUCGACCGAAUCCUAACUAAUAUCGUGUUUACUACUGAAGUGACAGCUGACCACGUUGAUGCUGUUCUUAAUCUUUGCGAAAGAGCUCCAGAUUUUCAGCCCAAAGAACGACUAUCACUACGUCGUCAGUGCUAUAUAUCAUAUGGUGCGCUCGUCAAUCGACUGAAUCAACGUCCAGAUGCACAGCAGAGAACUGAUAUUCAGACAUCUAUCAAGACAUGUGUAGAACAUCUUCAAAACAAAUUGGAUCAAGCAGGGAAUGAUGACGAUGAAAAACUUUGCUUCAUUAAGGCCAUUGGAAAUGCUGGGCAAGCAGAGCACCAGGCAUCCAUACUUAAACACCUGCAAGGUGCUCAUGAAACAAUGGCUGUACGUGUCGAGAGUGUGUGGGCCUUGAGGAGAAUGGUACACUCUGAACAGAGAGAUAAGCUUACUAGCAAACUCAUCGAAAUUUUCCAUGAUCGGAAACAAGACCCCGAACUGCGAAUGGCAAUCGUAGAGUUGAUGCUAGACAGGCAGCCCUCGUUUAUUAACAUGCAAACGUUUUUAAACGCCGUAAUCCGAGAGAAAAACAGCCAAGGACCAAGAUCGAACCAGGUUGCGUCAUUUGUAAUUUCUAAGUUAUCCUCCAUGGCGUAUUACAAUAAUUUUAUGCUUAAAGAAAGAGCUUCCCGUGCCCGUCGUUGCCUUAGCUCUGCUCGCCGAUCUGUUAGCAAGAUGGACUUUGGUAUCCAAUUCUCAAAGGCCAUGCGUUUUGCUACGUACUCAAACAAACUCCUCGGUGGAUUGGAAUUGGAAACAAACAAGAUGAACGUACCACAGAGCUACAUUCCACGCAACAUGAACGCACGUCUUCUUAUGCACGUUAUGGGCAACCACUUUGAAGUAAUCCAGGGUGGAGCUCGAAUGGAAGGUCUGCAAGACAUUGUCCAGGACUUAGUCUCCGAGAUUCGUUCGCGACAAAGACGAUCCAUCUGGUCGAGCGUGUGGGAAUUUUUCUCGAAUCAAGAGAAAAAAUCGUCAACUGAGGCCACAAAUCCCUCGACUCAGGCUGCAAGUCAGCCAUCAAGUGGCGAUGAACAAGAUGAAUUCCAAGAAACGGCACAAAGUAAAUCGUCGACCCAACGCCCAACCACCAGUCGAACCACCUCAAGAGCUGAAGCCAGAUCCACAGAACAAAGUACACAACAAAGCACCCAAUCAAGAUCCCAAAGACCAACCAACAGCUUCGAAGACAAGGAAAAUCCCAAGAAGCCCGAGUUAUCAUUGUUCAUGAAAGUAUUUGGCCAGGAAAUUAAGUUUCUCAGAAUAACCCCUGAAAUCAUUAAUCAACUCGCCGGCCAGAUUAAUGACCUCUUACUGGGAAAGAUAACUGAAAUUCAGACUGCUCUUGGAGCCAUCAAGAUUACAAAGAACAGCGUCACAGUCUCUCAAAGUGUUACUAAAGCUUUUCUCGCUGCACAUGCUCGACAACUGGAGCCAACCAUUUGCGGUUUGCCUCUGCAUCACCACGUUAUGUCAACUGUUUUAGCACAAAUUGAAGCUAGGAUCAGCGCUGAGGUAGAGCCAUCUUUGUGGAAGCUUCUUUCCGCCAAAGACUUUAAGCUAUCAGUGGAUGUCAGACCGAAGGUUUCAGUGCUCACUAACAGCAUGAUUCAAAUCCACUCUCCAUUCGUCCGCGUUGGACUUAAAUCGCAGAACGUCAUCCAGAUGAGACCUAGCAUGGGUUUCUUAAUAGACUCAAAACUGGGAAGCUCGUACAAUUUCAAGAUUCAAGUACCAAAACGACAGACCGAUGUCUUCGUCGUCAGUCCUGAUCCAGCCAAAGAAGAUGCAGUUGGUGUAUGUGGUAAUGUAGAGACACUGAAUGUUAAGGAAUUCAAAGUCAAUCAACAUGAGGUCCAACUUCAACUUUCUAAACAAUACAUGACUGAAUUCCAAGAACAGUGCUAUGGUGAAGAAACGCUUGGAAUUGCAACCUGCAUCAAAGCAAAAGUUCCAAGUCCUUCGACUCUACGCUUUAGUGACGUCCCUGUAUUUCCAUUCUUUGCACAAACUAACCUUCGAAUGAGAAUUGUACCAAAAGACAACAUAAAAAACAUUGAAAUCCAAGUCAAUAUUAACAAACAAAAAAAAACUCAAGGUGUGUUGAUAUUCCGUGCAAAUGGCAGAGCAAAGCGUGAAAUGACGGUACAUUACGAAUAUAACUCGCAGGAAAAUCGCCUCUUCUUCAAAGCCAAGAAGUUAAGUCUAGAAAUAACGUGCCCAAGUUUGAGAAAGAUCACAGCAGUGCUCAGAAAACAGAACAAAUAUAAAUGGACUGUGCAUAGCGAUAUCGAUGACACAGGCCGACUUCUGAAUUUGAAAUUCGAAUGGAAUAAGCUACCGCAGAGCUUAAAAAACACUCUUAGAAAGUACGAGCCACAAAUCCUGUAUUGGCUCCAAAGCUUUGCUUUACUCUCCAGCCAGGACAGACCAACCAAAAGCAUCCAAAUUGUUCUACAUCUCCUUUCACCUCUGGCUUCAAGAUUGUUUGUUGAAAGUCCAAUGGCCAAGGCACAAUCCAAGAUCAUGUCUUUGCCAGUAAGCAUGCGCAGAUUGCCUCUGUCCUUCAAUGAAAUCCUUGGAUGGCCUUACAGUCAAUGCAGGAUUCAAACUGAACAACAAUCAGGCGAAAUGAAAAUCUCGAUCUUCGAUCAAAAGUCCUAUUCCUUUUCCGAACCCAAACGCUCCUGCGCAGAACAUACUUUACUACAAGACAAACUUCAAAAAUACGUAAAAGUCUCAGUUCGAUCGCAAAGCAGUGGGCAGAUGGCUCUAGUCGUUCAAGUUAAACGCCAACAGCAACUAAAAACUAUUGAGGUCAGACGCGAUCUUUCAGUAUGGAUCGACAACAAGAACGUCCAGCAAAACACCAUCAGACAACAAGGUGUUCAAGUUGUAAGGAAACAGCAAAAGGUUUCGGUUACUUUGAACUCCAAGCACUACCUUCAUAUCAGCUACCAGCCAAGUAAUAUCCAAAUCCUUGCUAGUCCUAGUCUCCGCAACCAGCUACGCGGCCUGUGUGGUGAUAACAAUGGUGAAGACUACCAAGAGCUGAGAGGUCCUGAAAACAAGAUAUUUAGUGGAACUCAGGAGUUUGCGCUCUCGUGGAGAUCUAAGUGUAAAGCUUAAUGGAAAAGAAAAGCGGCCAUGACAUCGAGUGAUUAUGAUACUGGAUAACAUGCUUGUCAAUGUAUAGAAUGGUGUUGGGUAUAAUUUAUAGGGAGUUUCGUUCUAUUUUUAAAAUAGGAUAUUUUCUAAAGCCGACCCUGACUUGUUCCUAUAGCAUAUAAAUAAUACCUGUUUUAACUUGAUAAAUCAACUAUAUUCACAAUACGUCAUCCCCAAAAAAAUACUUUCAUGGCAAUUCUAAAAAUGCAUUUUACCUUAUUUGAACAAAAACCUGUCCCUUAUAACUUCCAUAACGUAACACAUAGUGUGUUUAUUUAUGCGUAUAAGUAUAUUUCAAAGGCUAAGAAUUAUCACUAAUUUCUAUAAAAGUUACUCUUAUAUUUUAUAUGCUUUUAUAUUUUCUUAGAAAUUAGUUGUUCUAU